AUGGCUCGGACUAUGGACCCGACUAGCAAGGCGAUCUUCACGAACGAUUUUGGUUCAACCUGGGCCAACGGAACGGAUACUUGGCACAGUGUCUACUCAUGGGUCAAUUCUCAGAUGAAUGUAAUGAUGAUGGGAAAAUGGGAAAAAAAGAAGAAGUGGGAGGAUAAGAAAAAAUUGAAUGGAACAGCGGAAUAUGGUCCAAAAGUACAAUGUGAUAUCCUAUUACAGAAUGACUCUGACAACGGAGACAGCAUCCGGUCUUCCACGUCAUCACAACCGCAGACGUCUCCAUCUUCUGGAUUAGAUGAUCACGAGCAUCGUCUUCUUUGUGACACGCCAAGCAGCCCAAUCGAUCCGCCAACCUUUUUUAACAACAAUAAUAAGAGCUCAGAGUUGGAUUUGAAUUCUAGCUGGUUUAUCCCACCACCAAUCACUUCUCCUCUUGUUAAGACUCAAAAUGCCGCGGCACCAAAGAAGCCAGUGAGCGAAUCAAAUGACUAUGCACUUCUACAAGAACUUCUUCGUCUCAAUCUCAACACAUCUCCACCAACUCCAGCAACUACAAAUGCGAUCUUUACCUCUGCAUCUCCAUCCACCUCUUCUCCAUGGUCUCUACCACAAGACGAUGCUCCUCUUCACCGCCCGGCUCCAGUCUCUCGUACCACUCCACCAGCUCAAAUCAAUCAGAACGUCUACUGGAAUACGCCUUCUGCCACCACUACCCGUCAAACAUCCGCAACAGACGUUGACCUUCUUCAGGUGCUGAGCAACCAGCUAGCCGCUUGUCAACAGACACAGCCAUCAGGAGUGGAUAUGACCUAUAUUAUGCAGCAACAAGCACUGGCAGUUCAACAACAACAGCAACAGAACAACCGGCAGUGGCCACCGAAAUCAGUUUUUCAGCGAUAUUCAUUCAUGGCAGUUCUUCAAGCUAAAGUAGAUGAAGUCACUGAUGAAUACAGACAACUGGAGAAGGAGAGAAAACAAACAGAAGCAGAAUUGGCACGUCAUAAUCUUGGAAAAAAGAUCUCUUCAUCCAAUGGCCUUCCGAUUCCAAAACUUCCAACUGCUCCAUCCCGAAUCGAUCGUAUGGUUGUGGACUUCUUCCGUGAGCACGCAAGAAUCAGCACACUUCUUGCCAAAAUGGAACAACUCACUGGAAUGUUAAUGCCAAUGGCUGCUCAUCAGACACUCGCUGAACUCCUCCAGGCCAUCUCAAGCCUAUACCACAGCCGAGUUCAUGAGAGAGCUCUGAUUCUUCAGCAACUGAGAGGAGAAGCGAUUCAUUAUGACGAGGAGAAAGAAGCUGGAGUCCUUGUUGAGAUCCUUUGUCUUGUCCAACAAGCAGCCACUCGUGUCCGUGCUGCCAAUUGGUACUGUCUCAUGACCACACUUGGACCAUUGGAUUCUACACAAAGAAUGCAAAUGGAUCAAAUCGUUGCUUCUGAUUACACUAUUCCACCUCCACCAAUCAGACCUCGCCCUGUCCAUUAA